AUGAAGUGCUUACUGCUGCUCUUUUUCGUCAUAACAGCAUGUGCUGGAGGCGUCCUCAAAGACCCUUUACCGGGUUCCAAGGAAGGUGACAGAUUUAUCCUCAUGCCAGGAGAUGGCGACGACUCACUUCAUCUUGUUGAUACUGAGGAGCCAGCUGACACUAAAUUCAUCGAAGAAUACAGUAGGAAUUCUGCCAACAAUGCAUAUUGGCUUUUUACCAGGUCUAACCCUACUUCACGCCAAGUCUUAGUAAACGGAAAUAGAAAUUCGGUAACGAACUCGAACUUUAACUUCGGAAAAAUCACGGUAUUUCUCGCUCACGGCUGGAAUGGCAACGGUGGAAACGAAAUGAAUAGAAUGCUUACUCAAGCAUUUUUACAGAAUGCCGAUGUCAACGUCAUUGUUCUCGAUUGGAAUCAAUUAGCAAACAGGGGUUAUACCACAGCAAAAGGUGGAACUGCUGAAGUAGGAAGAGGGCUCGGUCGAUUCAUAAUCUGGCUCAAUGGAUUGGGAAUGUCAUACGACAGAGUACACUUAGUAGGUUUCAGUCUUGGUGGUCACCUGGUCGGAAACGCAGGGCGAGAGACUGGGUCUAGAGUCCGGAGGAUCACAGCUUUGGAUCCCGCUGGCCCUCUUUGGGAUAAUGACCGCAACCGCAUUGUAAGGACAGAUGGUCGUUACGUCGAAGUAAUCCACACAGAAACCACAGUGACUGGAUAUAGUGGUUUGUGUGGAGACGCUGACUUUUACCCUAAUGGUGGAUCAAACAUGCCUGGCUGCUUGGCAACCGCACUUUCAUGUUCCCAUGGCCGUGCCUAUGAGUACAUGGCUAGCAGUGUAAAGUACAACCACCUCCUUGCCAACGAAUGUGGAAGUCUAAGUGAUGCUACUCGUAAUAGAUGUACAGGCUCUCUGAACCCUAUGGGUAACAGCGAUAUCAACAAAUCACGGGCUGGAAUAUUCCGAGUCAACACAGCCCGAAACUAUCCAUACUGA